UAAGAAAGUCUUUAUUACCUUUUGUAAUACAUCAUUGGGAUCCACCAUCUUUUAAGCUUUCUUUCCUCUUCCUUCUAAAGCAUUUUUCAAUAUUACUGUUCUUACAGCAUGAAAUACGGUCUUGAAUUGCAAGAAAACAUCUUUCCUCCCUGGAGAUUAUCCUACGUAGCUUACGAUAUUUUAAAGCAGGAAUUGAAGACAAGACAGUUAGAUCAUGGAUGGACCAACAAAGAUGAAGCCGAUUUCGUGCAUCUUUUAGACAACGAACUCACCAAAGUCUACGAUUUCAUCAAUGCCAAACUCGCAGAAAUUGAUGCUAGAAUACUCUAUUGCGAGAGAACAAUUCAAACAUUACAAAAGAAUGCCACAAUGAAUUCAGAUGCUAAUUAUAGUAUAAUGGACGAAGCACUUACUGAUAUCCUAUUCGAUGUCAAUGACUUAUCAAAAUUUACUCGCAUCAACUUUACUGCUAUCCAAAAGAUUUUAAAAAAGCAUGAUCGAUGGACUGGACUCAAUUUGAAGCAAUCCUACGUUGCGAAGCUUAGAGAAAAACCUUUGGACAAACAGCGUUUUGAUGUCGCUAUCGUUUAUAUCUCAGCCCUUCAUGAUAUUUGCAGAAACAGAGGAAAAAAGUCACCUGGUAACAGUGCUUCUGGUGGCGAUCAAAAUGCAUUUGAAAGAGCUACUGCUAAGUAUUGGAUUCAUCCUGACAAUGUUACGGAAGUCAAAGCCAUCAUUAUGCUUCAUUUGCCAGUGCUGGUUUUCGAUACCAGCAAAAAAUAUGAAGCAUCAGACUCAGCUGUAUCAAGUAUAUACUUUGACAAUUCCAAUUUUGAUUUGUACAAUGGUCGUCUUCAAAGAGAUGAAAUGGCUGAAGCUAUUCGAUUCAGAUGGUACGGACCUACUUCGUCAAAAAAUGUUUUUAUUGAAAGAAAAACACAUCAUGCUGUUUGGUUAGAUGGUGCCUCUGUCAAAGAUCGCUUCCGAAUUAACGAAGAUCGUGUCAAUUCUUUUGUAAAUGGCGACUACACAGCGGAUCAAAUUGCCAACGAGCUACGCAACAAAGGCACAGAAGAAAGCAUGAUCAAAGAUACACAUUUCAUCGCCACCGGUGUGCAAACAUCAUUCAAAGAAAAACAGUUAGAGCCAGUCCUUCGCGUCUUUUACAACCGUACAGCCUUUCAACUACCAGACUCUCAAAAAGUGCGUAUUUCAUUGGAUACUGAUCUUACUUUUAUUCGCGAAGACCAUUUGGAUGGCGUUCAAAGACGUUGGAACAACAAUUGGCGGCGCAAUGAUAUAGGCAUUGAUACUCCUUUCUCGUAUUUGCAAGAUAAUGAGAUUUUACGUUUUCCUUAUGCUAUUUUGGAAACCAAGCUACAAACUCAUUUGGGUCAAGAACCGCCCGCAUGGCUAACAGCCUUGAUCGAAGGCCCUUUGGUACAUGAAGUACCUCGCUUCUCAAAGUACCUCCAUGGUGCUUGCCAUUUCUUUCAGGACAGGCUUCCUUUACUUCCGUGGUGGCUCUCCGAAAUGAACGUCGAUAUUCGUAAACCACGCGCACAGAACCUUGGCCUUACCCGUUCAAAGAGUUUCAAACCAUUGAUCGACGGUCGAUACAGACGUGCUAUGAUUGAAGAAAAAGAGCGUGCAAAUAAAGAAGCUGUGAUUCAAGAAGAAUCUGAAGCAAGCAAAAAAGGCGCUGCACAAGAGCUGAACAGGCGAAGGUCAGUAGAAUUGGACGAUAAGGCGGCCGCUGCAUUGAGGCCUACUGCCAACAGAAACAUGACUCCUGCCACCACCAAUACAGAUAAUUCGAAGAGAGAAGAAUAUACCCUGAUUGAUCUCAAUUCCGCUCCUAAUUUAAGCCUGAAUAUGCCAAAAAGCCCUCUGCCAACAACCAACAAAUUUGAUGCAGGGCAUUUUAGACGCAGUGAUACAGUACGAACCAUCUUUUGGCCAACAACAAAAAAUUGACAAAAGCAGAACAGCAGAAAGAGCGACGACUACAACAGCAAAAUAUCGGUAUACCAGUUGAACCAUGUGUUUUAGGAGACUUAGAAGAAGGCAAAGGAGGAGAUAAAAAAUUCAAAACGAAGCAUUGAACUUGUUAAACUUUGGUGAUCAAGUAUCUCGUAUUGUAGGUGGUAUCUUUAU